CGCGUUCCAUCACUCGCUCUUUUCUCUUCUUCCUCAUCCUCCUCCUCCCUCGGCGCUCGACUCACCUUUUAAACACUCUUUCAGAAGGAAAAUCACCCUCAAUCCUCGCCCCCAAUGGCACCCACUUUCCUUAACGCUUUCCUCGCCGCCGCGAUCGCCACCGCGGUCUCCGUCAAAGCCGAGUCCCAUACCAUCAAGUUCGACAACCAGUGUGGUACCGGAACUCCCCAAUUGCUCUUCGGCGGCACGGUUGUUUCUACCGGCGAAGACUACACCUACGAAGGGGCUCUCUCUUCCGGUAUUGCCUACCUCCAGACCGGCCCCUGUGGGUACAACGGCGAGUACUGCACCCUCGUCGAGAUGACGCUCGGAAACUCUGCAUGCGAGGGCUGUGGCUCCAGCUCCGAUAUCUCCCUGAUUGACCCCCACGCCUUCAACGUCGCCGCCGGCUUCAGCUACUUCAACGGAUGCGAUGGAACUGGCGCUUACUGCUCAACCGCGGACUGCUCCACUGCAUUCUUCAAGUCGGAUGACAACCAGGUUCAGGUCGAGUGCGAGACUGAUAACGUCGGCCUCUUGAUCUCCUUCUGUGCCGAUGGAAGCGGCAGCUCUUCCUCCAGCUCUUCCAGCAGUUCUACCUGGAGCUCCUCUAGCAGCAGCACUCCUACCUCCACCUGGAGCAGCUCGUCUGCUGCCCCCACUUCUUCUGACAGUGGUGUCAGCGUCUCCGUGUCGCUCAGUGUUGGUUUGGAUGCCGCUUCGGCCACCUCUUCAAGUGCCGCUGCCGCCUCUUCCGCCGCCCCCACGUGCUCCACCAAGCGCAAGCGUGCGAGCAAGGCCCGCCGUGAAUCAAAGCGUUCGACCCACCAGAACCACAGCCGUCAGAACGCUCGCCGCGCUCACGCCUAAACUCCCGCAUCACCCUCAUCCCACACCUCAUACACUUUGUCACAUACCACGUUUACUUUCGUUUCUCAAAACUUUCCUUUUCUAUCCGUUCGCUCGAGUUUUUGCAUGAAUGAAUGCUUGCUUUUCUUGUUUGGUCUCGUCUCGGACAGUGGCAAAGAUAUCGAUAUCCCUCGUCGUGCCAGGUGUUUUAUCUCCUAUAUAGCCGCAAUCCCCUCUGCUAUCCUUAUAUCCUUACCCCCUUCCUUGGCCAUACUUCAUAGCUACCGCCGCGGCUCAUCGCUGCGCGUGUUAGACUUGUUGUUGGUCUCCGAUAGGUGUUUAGUCCUCCUGCUUUCCUUCUUUUAGUUCUUUCUCUGCGGUUUCGGUGCUCACACUCUACGCCAUACUUAGACCUUUCGCUGACCCGAUUUCGGGGGCCCUGGAUGGAGGCCACGAGCUGACUGCUAUACCACAAUUACUUUUGCUCUUACUGUGAGUAAGCUCGGGUGUCUGGCCCUUUCCGUUAUUCGUGUCUUGGGGUGUGCGUCACUGGCUACGUAUGUAUCAGCUGCCGUCCCUAUGUACCGCUGAAUCCCGAGUUCUACCCAGGAGGUAGUUUGUGGGUUCGUUUGUAGUCUUGAUGCUGCUGGUUACAUAGGCAUACUUGACGAAUGCGAUCUGUUGUUGUUCAUUUU